AUGGCAGCUGUGUUAGCUGCACGUCUCUGUGAAAAGGUUCGGCAAUCCAUGGAAAUUGAGUUUAAUAGCAUCACAUUUUGGACCGACUCGACGAUAGUUUUGGGCUGGAUAAACACCUCUCCGCAUUUAUUGCAAGUUUUCGUCGCCAAUAGAGUUAAUUCGAUCCAAGAGCUCACAAAUAUUGAAAAUUGGAGGCAUGUGCGAACCCAGGACAAUCCAGCUGAUUGUGUGUCACGUGGCGUGAAGCCUCAGGAGUUGUUAGAGUUCGAAAUGUAUUGGUCAGGACCAGAUUGGCUUCGAGAAUCCAUAGAAAGCUGGCCUGAGCCUCUUGUAGUGUCCAGAUCUAACGAGUUGCCUGAAUUAAAAAGGGUCAUUUUUGCAAAUACAUCUACGUUAGAUUCUGAGUUUAUAGAUUUGUCUAGGUUUUCCAAUUUAACUCGAUUGGAACGAGUGAUUGCCUACUGUAUUCGUUUUAUAAAUAAUUGUCGUAGAAAAGAGGAUGAAAGGUUAUCGAGUUCUUUAAGUUGUGAUGAAAUAAGUCAUGCGUCGUUAUUAUUAGCUAGGUUAUCACAACGUCAAUCAUUUUCCGAAGAUCUUGUAACAUUGUCCAAGCAAGGGCAAGUAAGUAAUAAAAGUAAAUUAAUAAAGCUUCAUCCAUUUUUAGAUGAAAACGGUUUAAUUCGUGUCGGCGGACGUUUAAACAACUCAGAUUACGUAUAUGAGAAAAAACAUCCUAUUGUGUUGUGUUCAAAACAUGUUUUUACUAGGCUUUUAUUCGCUCGUGAACACAAACGGCUACUGCAUGCUGGCCCACAGCUCUUAUUAGCUGUUAUUCGGGAAAAUUAUUGGCGCAUAGCAGGACGUAGUUUAGCUCGUAAAGUUUUCCAUCAAUGCGUAAUUUGUUUUCGAAAUUGUCCCAAAGAAAUUAGCCCGGUGAUGGGUGAUUUACCAAAGCGGCGGGUCACACCAUCUCCUCCAUUUUACGUAACUGGCGUAGACUACGCUGGUCCCUUCCUAAUCAAGGAUAGACAGGGACGCGGCUGUCGCACUUCAAAGGCUGAUAUUGCGGUGUUUGUAUGCUUUGCCACAAGGGCUCUGCAUUUAGAGUUGGUAAGCGCUUUAACCACAGAAGCCUUUCUAGCUACUUUGAAACGCUUUGUAGGUCGGCGGGGAAAACCUGCACAAAUGUACUCAGACAACGGUACAAAUUUCACAGGAGCUUAUAAUGAGUUAUCUAAAUUAGCGGAUUUUUUACAGAAUAAGGCAAAUUCAAUUGUCAAAGCUAUCGAGAAUAAAGGCAUCUCAUGGUCAUUCAUUCCAGCUAGUUCUCCACACUUUGGUGGGUUGUGGGAAUCGGGCGUGCGAACGGUCAAAUAUCAUUUGAAACGUGUUGCGGGAAACGCAUUAUUAACUUUCGAGGAUCUGAGUACGCUAUUGAUAGAAAUUGAGGCUGUCCUCAACUCGCGUCCCAUGAGUCCUUUAUCUUGUGAUCCCUCUGAUUUGACACCUUUAACUCCCUCCCACUUUUUGAUUGGCCGACCUAUGGAAUCCGUACCAGAUAGAGAUUACACGGCAGUACCAACCAAUCGCUUAUCCCACUUUCAACGAAUUCAGCAAAUGAAAGGACAUUUUUGGACCAGAUGGUCGUUGGAAUACAUAUCCGAAUUGCAGAAAAGGCAGAAGUGGACAACGCAACAAGGCCUACUUGAGGCCAACGAUUUGGUGUUAGUCAAGGAGGACCACCUGCCUCCCCUCCAAUGGUUGCUUGGACGAAUAGUGGAGACCCAUCCAGGAAAGGACGGAGUAGCUCGUGUCGCCACCAUCAGAACAAAGCAAGGCACUAUCAGGCGUUCAUUUGCUAAAAUUUGUCCCUUACCUAAGUGUAUUGGCUCUAAUAAUAGUUAA